CCUUUUUGUGGACACCUACCAAUAUGAAGACUGUGUGUUUGAUUGCGGUUGUAUUUGGUGUUGUUGCGUGUGACAAAUGGACGACGCCGUCCAUGAUGUACCAGUGCCGCACCAACGCCGACUGCGACCAACAACAGUGCUGUGUUCUCUCACCCAUUAUCAAGAAACGGCAGAUUCUAUUGGAUCCUUUCUACGCCCAUACAUGCGACGGGCUGAAAAACGAGAGUUCUGAUUGGUGCAUGAUUCAGUCCCAGUAUUCCCCUAUCGCCCGCCAUUACACCAUGUCCUGCCCGUGCAAGCCCGGCCUCCGCUGUAAGAGACCGGAUGUCCCUAUGCCUGGAUAUGGAGACCGUUUUGGUAAAUGUGUGAAACAAUAAUAUUGCAAAUAAAUAUAUAACUCUC